AUGGCAAUAAACGUUGAUGCAGAGUACCACAAAGAGAUAGAGAAGUCUCGUAGAGACCUUAGAGCUCUUAUAUGUUCAAGACAAUGUGCUCCCAUUAUGCUCCGUCUUGCAUGGCAUGACGCAGGAACAUACGAUGCCAAGAAGAAAACUGGAGGUGCCAAUGGAUCUAUUAGGUUCAAGGAAGAGCUUGACCGUCCAUACAACAAAGGUUUAGAGAAAGCAGUCGCCUUUUGCGAGGAAGUAAAAUGUAAGCACCCUCGAGUCUCUUAUGCAGACCUCUAUCAGCUCGCUGGAGUUGUUGCAGUGGAGGUUACAGGUGGCCCUGCAAUCAAAUUCACUCCAGGCCGUAAGGAUGCAGAUUGUCCAGACGAAGGAGAACUUCCAGAUGCGAAUCAAGGUGUCUCACAUCUAAGAACUGUCUUUUGUCGGAUGGGUUUAUCGGAUAGAGACAUCGUAGCUCUCUCUGGAGGCCACACUUUGGGGCGUGCACAUAAGGAGAGAUCAGAUUAUGAAGGUCCUUGGACACAAGAUCCUCUCAAGUUUGAUAACACAUACUUCGUAGAACUUAAGAAAGGGGAGUCUCCAGGAUUGCUACAACUGAAUACCGACAAGGCUUUACUUGGUGAUCCCAAGUUCCAAUCCUACGUUGAGCUCUACGCAAAGGAUGAGGAUGUGUUCUUCAGAGAUUACGCAACAGCACACAAGAAACUCUCAGAACUAGGAUUCACUCCACCAAGAAGAAUCCCUUCAGCGAUGGCGCAGCAGACGAUUGGAAUCACGGUUGCUGCAGCUGUUGUGAUCUUUACCAUAUGCUACGAAGCAAGCAGAAGAAGCAAGUGA